UGAGCUCCUACAUAGACAGCGACGUCAAAACCUACCUCCUGUUUCUCUCGCUUCUCUCCCCACGCUACACGCUAGUUGUUUGCUGGCUCUGUUUUCACCAUGGCUGGUUGGCACGAGUGCCACACGCACGGCCACGCUGGCUCGGUCGACCCCCGCGCUACCAUCCAAGUCGACGUUGCCGCGGUCGGAUUAUCGAUCCGGCCCGGCCCCGGCAUAACCGCCGACAUCCACCGCUCGGUGCAUUAUGCCAUACCGUUGACCAACCCGCCGCAUGAUCGCGGGGCCGUGAAAGUCGCCACCAUCUGGGUCUACUUUGAAGCGGGGCAGAAGUUCAGAAUACGACGGCUGAGCCUCUGGGAUGGCCAGCACAAGAUCCACGAGAUGGCGGAUCUCAACUGAAGCGGGCGCGGGGCGCCGGGCAGGGACAGAUUUGAACGCCAUGAGCUUGCGACGCCGGUCGGGUUCAGUCGCGGGCUUGGAAUGUCCCUCUCCUUCGAGAUUGACGGAUCGAUCGACCCGGCAGACUGGUAUGAACGCUAUGUGGAGAUACACUCGGUGGGAGUCACUCUGAAAGACGUCUGAAACCUUAGGGAGCAACGAGUCACGACGGAAUGGACCGAUGUCGGCCGAGCCUGGCCGCUACUGGUGAUCGCUGCUUACUACCUUAGCUACCUUGAUUACCAUACACAAUGUGAUCACGACUGGG